AUGUCGAACCUGCAAUACACCAAGAAGACGUUCACUCUCAACACCGGGGACAAGAUCCCUGCGGUCGGUCUGGGAACCUGGCAAUCCAAGCCCAAUGAGGUCCGGGAGGCCGUCAAGAAUGCACUGCUCGCGGGCUACCGCCACAUCGAUACUGCUCUUGCGUACGGCAACGAGGCGGAGGUAGGCCAGGGUAUUCGGGACUCGGGUAUUCCGCGCGAGGAGAUCUGGAUCACCACCAAGCUCGACAACACCUGGCAUCACCGCGUCCAGGAGGGAAUCGACGCCUCUCUCAAGGCCCUGGGUGUAGACUAUGUCGACCUCUACCUGAUGCACUGGCCCAGCUCCACUGACCCCAAUGACAAGAAGAAGCACCUUCCGGAUUGGGAUUUCAUCAAGACUUGGCAAGAGAUGCAGAAGCUGCCAGCCACCGGCAAGGUGCGAAACAUUGGGGUGUCCAAUUUUGGCAUUAGGAACUUGGAACGCCUCCUCAAUGAUCCUAGCACCAAGAUUGUGCCCGCCGUCAACCAGAUCGAACUGCACCCGUGCAAUCCAUCGCCCAAGCUGGUCGCCUAUAACACUUCUAAGGGCAUUCACAGCACGGGUUACUCGUGCUUGGGUUCCACCAACUCGCCUCUCUACAAGAACCCUACCCUUCUCCAGAUCGCUGAGAAGAAGGGCAAAACUCCUCAGCAGGUUCUCCUGAUGUGGGGGCUGCAGAAGGGCUGGAGUGUCAUUCCCAAGUCCGUCAACAAGGACCGCAUCGAGAAGAACUUCCAACUCGAUGGCUGGGAGCUUACACCGGAGGAGGUCGAUCAGCUGAGCAACUUGAAGGAACGCUUCAAGCACAGCCACCACCGUCCGCCGACCGAGACCCCUCAUAGAUCAGGCAUCCCCAUUCUGCUCAUCUCUACUUCUCUUCAUCACCUUCCAUCAUCACCAACUACAUCGAGAACUGAAGGCCUAUCGGGUCUUUCGCAGCAAUGGCUCCAUCAAGUGGGCAUCUGCUGCUCCCGAAACUCUGGCGGGCAGCCAGGUAAGGAAUCCCUCCGCUCUCUGCUAGGUACGGCGUUUCUGACCUUGGUUCCAAGGUUCGCCUAUGAGAAGACAGCCAAGGCCAUCAAGGCCAGAUUACCGGAAUCCUCGCAACCGCUACAACUACGACUUCAGCCCGCAUACGCUCGUAUAACCCCUCGCCAGCCCAUCAGUCGCGCCGCGGCCAUCCGACAAGCCCGAAGCCGCCAUUUCACGACACGUGCUAGCGGCACUGUUGGCUCCUACAUCCGGUCCGGAUCGCGGUCGUCUGCGUCAUUUCAGACUUCUCGCAUCGGCUCUGCUGUCGCGCGCUUCACCUCACAUUCCCCCUUUGCGUCGACUCUCCGUCCCAACCUGACGGGAGGUACCCUGGGCCGCACGGCAGGCGGCUAUGCCAUCGGCGCUGGACGUAUUGGGGGCGUGAGAUAUUUCUCUCACGCUCCAGCUGCCCCUGCGGAGGUCAUCAAUAAUGUUUCUGCAGCGCUGCGCGGAUUCCUGCUCUCAGGGAAGAGAGCUCGUUUCGAUGGCAUUGAUCCCCUCACAGGCGAGAAACGCUUCAAGACGGUGACGGCUCUGCAGGACAAGGUGGAGCGCCGAAUGGCAGAAGUUCCCCGUACCGCUCCUGGUUCCUACAUCGAUUUCCAGCUCUCUCCCACCAUCACAGCUUUUGGUGCUCUUAAGGGGUUUGGAAAGAACGAGAGUGGCGAGGCUCCCCAGCCUGUCACCCUCAACUCGGACGGUCUCAUGGAGAUGCUGUCGAUGGACUUUGCACGCGCUCUAAAAGACUUUGCGGCGGUGAUGAACGACUUGAAACGCCUUGCAACGCUGGGUGAUCUGCCAGUAUCGCUGCAUGACAAGUCCACGAUCAGAGUCCGAUUUCCAGGCUGUGACGCCGAGCAGGUGGAGCGGCUUUGCGAUGAGGUCGGAGUAGAACGGGGACGGAUCUUCCAAGAUGAAGAGUUUGACGCCCGAAAUGGCACCGAACUCGCUCUUCUCUUCCCGUUUGCCCCGAGCAUGGCGCCGUCACCGGAGACAGAGUUGUUUACUAUCCACGAACAACCGCGGACUGACCAUCACCACGAUCUCGAUUGGCGUAUGAUGAUGUCUGGUGAAGAUAACAUGCAAACGUCGCCGGGACUGUCCAAGGAAACCAAUGAGAUCAGUUUUGAGGACAUUGAGAUUUUUGGGAAGAACCCCUGGACCUCGUCUCCGUCGGGGUAUUCCAGCUUGGAAAUCAGCGAGCUCGGUGAUCGAGUAUUCUUCCCAGAGCUAUCAGAACUAGGCAGUCCGCAGUCGGUUUCAGACUAUGAAGGAGUACAGGGGAUCUAUAAAUUCCUGGAGCAGUGUGAUAGGGCGGCGGAACAUCGUCAGCAUUGA